AUGGAUGAUAAUUCGACAAAUAAAAAUAUGGCAACAUCAAAUAACAAUUCCAAGGUUUCAUAUUCAAGUGAUUGGCAACAUGCUAUGCAGAUGGAUUUACGAGGUAAACUUAAAAACGAACUGAAACAAAAAGAUCCAAAUAAUCGAUUAUAUUAUCAAAAUCAAUCAUUUGCCGAAACAGCCGUGAAUGCUCUUGAACAACGAACAUUACUCGAUGUUGAUUCCGAACCAUGGAAUACUCGACAUACAAGUAUUAUUUGUACUCUAGGGCCUGCAUCACAAAGUGUCGACAUGCUUACAAAAAUGAUACAUGCUGGAAUGAAUGUUGCUCGACUUAAUUUUUCUCAUGGAUCAUAUGAAUAUCAUCAAACAAGUAUUGAAAAUGUUCGUAUUGCUGAAAAACUUACUGAAUCAACAGGGCAAUUACGAACUAUUGCAAUUGCAUUAGAUACAAAAGGACCAGAAAUUCGAACAGGUGUUCUUGCUGCAGGUGUUAACAGUGAACUUGAUCUUCAAACUGGAAUGACUGUUCGUAUAACAACAGAUGAAUCAUUUGUUGAAAAAUGUACAAAAGAUAAUUUAUAUGUUGAUUACAAAAAUAUAGUUAAAGUUAUAAAAGCCAAGAAUCGAAUUUUUAUUGAUGAUGGUCUUAUUUCAUUAUUAGUUAAAACUGUUGGAGAUAAUUAUCUUGAUUGUGAAGUAGAAAAUGGAGGUUUCUUAGGUAGUCGUAAAGGCGUUAAUCUACCUGGUGUUCCUGUUGAUUUACCAGCUGUAUCAGAAAAAGACAAACAAGAUCUUGAAUUUGCUAUUACACAUGAUCUUGAUAUGGUUUUUGCAAGUUUUAUUCGUGAUGCUGAAGGUAUUCGUACAAUACGUGCAUUCCUUGGUGAAAAAGGAAAAGAUAUGAAAAUUAUUGCUAAAAUUGAAAAUCAUCAAGGAAUUCAAAAUUUUGAUGAAAUUCUUCAAGAAGCUGAUGGUAUUAUGGUUGCACGUGGUGAUAUGGGUAUUGAAAUUCCACCACAGAAAGUUUUUGUUGCACAAAAAAUGAUGAUUGCAAAAUGUAAUCAAGCCGGUAAACCAGUUAUUUGUGCUACACAAAUGUUAGAAAGUAUGAUUAAAAAUCCUCGUGCAACUCGUGCUGAAGUCAGUGAUGUUGCUAAUGCUGUUAUGGAUAAUGCUGAUUGUAUCAUGUUAUCUGGUGAAACAGCAAAAGGAAAAUAUCCUGUACAAUGUAUUCAAUUAAUGCAUGAUAUUGCUCGUGAAGCUGAAGCAUGUUUAUUUCAUCGUGAACUUUUCGAAAAUCUUCUUUAUUUUACUAAACCACCACUAGAUCAAAUGCAGUCAUCAGCAAUUGCAGCAGUUGAAGCAGCUUUUCGAAGUUUUGCUUCUAUCAUUGUUGUUCUUACUCAUUCCGGAGAAUCAGCUCGACUUAUUGCACAAUAUCGUCCACGUGCUGUAAUUAUGGCAGUAACUCGAUCAAUACAUACAGCUAGAAAAAUGCAUCUAUAUCGUGCUUGUUGUCCUGUUUAUGUAAAUGCUCCACGAAGUCAAGACGCAAAAAAUUUGGAAGCUGAAGUACAAGCAGGAUUUAAACAACAUAAUAUUUCAACAAAACAAGCAUUAGCUAUGAGUGAUUGGUUACUUGAUGUUGAUGCACGUGUUAUUGAUGCAAUUAAAAUUGCUAAAGAUCGUGGUUUCUGUUCGACUGGCGAUGCUGUUAUUGUUGUAACUGGAUGGCGACCGGGUUAUGGCACAACGAAUACAUUACGUAUUAUUUAUGCCGAAUAA